AAAAGAUAUUCGUCAAAAACUCUGUUCAUCGCUGUCGUGUAACCUGACCUUGUGCGCAACGAAAGAGCUUCUAGUUCUACUGAGGCCCACACCUCCUCCAAGAUGACCAUUUAGCGAACAUGAAAAUGCCAAAAUUCGUGUGCCAGGGCUAGCUACUAUUAAUUGCACUUCUGGGCAGUAUGACGGGAGGUCCGGAGACGUUUUCUUUGCUGACCGUUUUGGGCAACGGAAGCAAAUCAGUGGAGGCUCACAUCCGUUAUCCACUCUUAAGGUCAGCUUUUCUCCAUCUCUCUCAAGGAUAUGUUCUUGGUCGUAUCAUGUUGCAGCUCUGACUAUAAGAACUAGCAGAAUCAUAUAAUUACAAUAAGGAAAAAGUACUACCAAGAGCAACUUGGCACCGAGGCACCGAAUCCGACAGGGAUGGAUUCAAGCACAUUCUAGCACUGGCGUGUUAUCAAAGCGGAACAACUUUGGUCCUUUGGGACUACAUCAAAGAUCGAAAACGGUACAUCACCCUACUCCCGAAUCAGUGGUGUCAUGCACUCUACUUUUAUGAGUUCGAGUUCUUCGAGUAAUCCUAAUGAGUUGUAUCAGGCAUAGGUAUAAUAUAGCCACUUUUAUGAGAAUGAGUUCAUCAGAAUAAAAAUUGAGCAAUAAUACUAGCAUCUUGUCAGAAGUCGUGUCACUCUGAAGAAAAUUGCUGAUCACUAUUUCGAUUUCAAAGUCUAGCACUUCAAGCCGACCAUAAUUCAUUCGUCGAGUAAUGAGUACUUAUUUUCAGUUAUUUAUCCACGUACAAACGUCGCCCACCUUAAUUCUCUCGCGAAGCCUGGACUUAUGCAGCUGAUAAGAUGCAGGAAAAAAUCCAUCCACCACAACUACAAUAAUAUGCUCUAAUAUCUCGCCAAAGAUGGGCUUACAGUUCUUGCUCUGUGGCUCUCGCAAACAGGGCAGCCUACAUUGUCCUGCUGGCGGGUGUCAGAUGGGGAGAAAAUUGCAGAGCAAGUACUGGCGGAUACAGCUUCAGUUAAGCAGGCUCAUGGUAAUAUAAAUGUUGUAACUCAUUCUUCCUCCUGGAGUCCAAGAGCAGGUCUUCUUGAGGCAAGGCUCAUUCGCCUUCUUGUAUUAUUCCCUCAGAGGCUCACAGUCUGUCACAGACUUCUUGCUUAUGAAGGUAGAAAAAUGAAUAUGAACUACAAACUCAGGAUCUUCGCUAACUCAGGAUCUGGCGUGGCAUGUGCGUUCGCAACCGAGACGAACAUCAUGGUCGUCGUUCAAAAAGGGCCAGUUGGUUUUGCGUCGGUAUUUGGGAAUUUGUAUUUGAAAACUCAAAGUAACCGAGUUAGUCCUGACUGAAAUAUAUACGAGUUUACUGACAACAUUCCUCGUCUUUAAGUAUCGCCCUUAUUUUCGGUAAUUACUCGCUUACUUCAGUCUAUCGAAUAGGAGAAAAUAAGAGUUAAAGAACGAAUGAUCAGAAAUGUUGAAGAUAGAGUUCUUGAUGCUGCCACUGUUUUAUGCUGUGGUUUGUCUUGUGAUGUGAAUUUGAAACCUCCUCAUCUUACAACUUAUUAUCUUUGUGUAGAUCACCCAAAACCUAAACCAGCGUCGAGCGUCCAGUCUUCUUCUUUAAAAAAUCUUCUCGUAAAUCUGCGUCCUCUUCGCAAAUGGUCCAUAAUUGGAAUCAUCAUGUUCGUAGUCUCCUCUAUACAGGUAGUUCAUUGGGAUGCUCGCAGUCUGAGACAUCAAAAAGUCGCACAUGGGCAUAUCGGCAGCACUGAGGACGUCCUCAGCGUACAACUGCUGCCAGACGGCCGAUCUUUUCUAACAUUGUGUUAUGGCUUUUUUUUCGACAUCUCGAUAGAUUUAGAUUCUUCAUGGUAGUGCUACUAGUGUCAGUAGAUGAGGCACUUUGCGUCUUCUACCUUUUUAAAAAUCAAUUUCAAUUCCUUUUUACCAGCAGUAAUCGACUCCAUCUAUCGCUCGACGACGACUCAAUUUUGCCUGAACAACAUGCUCGACAAGAAAAGAUCAUGGGUUUUGGAAGAACAACGAUUCACAUACAUAUUCAAUCCUCUAACUUCCCCAGAACGAGAUCAAGUUCUUCACGUUUGCGACGGAUUUGACGGUGCGACUCUUGUCGAGAGUGCUUUUCAAGCAAGUGAUCGUAGACGUCAAGGUGCAUGAUGACGUGUUGUACCUCCUUUCGCGCAAAGGCAAGAUCCUGUGCAUCGAUUUUGACGGAAACCUGUUGGCCACAGUGGUUAUGGAGAUAUUCGUUAGUUGCUUGUACUGUACUAAAACAAAUAGACAGUUUGAGUUUUCAAUAGAGGGUAAAAACUCUGACUGUUUGACUCCUGUGUGGAGGUCGCUCCACAUCUUCAUCUGGUACUACGUCUAUCUUCUAACCUCAGCUACCCAGGCGUGCGCUUUACUGCCAUUUGCAUCUCUCAGGGACAAAUUGUCAUAGGGACUGGAGCUGGAGAAUUGUUUCUGUACAGUCUCGCUAGACUAGAGUUCAAAAGGAAGCUUGAAUGCCCACAAAGAGGAAACAAACCCGAAGAGAUUUAUCAGGUACAACUUACUGGUAGCACGCAACAGGCAAUUUUGGGCGCCCUUCCAUCACAUCAUUGGUAUCUGUUUUUCGGAUAGAGGUGAAGUAAGUACGUUCAUAGAUAUGCAAAGAGGGAACAGUUUCACUUUCAGUUCAGAAGAGAUUUAUCAGGAUCUAUCAGGACUUCUUGGUUUGAAUGAUAACUCGUACAUUUUGAUUUGACUUCGAUAGGAUGUGUAUAGGAUGAUUAUCGUCUUCAUGAAAAAAAGCAUGAAAAACCUUCAAAAAGGUAAGCUUCGGAAUGAAUCUGGACUACGUUUUUGUCUCCUUUUUGGAUUCGUCUGUCGGCAUUGCGCAUUUGCCCACCUCCACGUACGUCGGCCUACGCGUUGGACACUUACAACCGGUGAAAACGGUAUUUUGACUUUUUUUAUGAAUCCACAGUAGCGCCACACUAUCUUCGAUUAAGAAAAUAUUCUUUCGUGAUCUUCCACUAAUGUGUCCAGGUAACGUUGGCCCCAGUGCUUGGAGUUCCACCAGCUUUGGCGUCAAGGCUCGUGGAUCCCGAGAGACAUGCAAUCACGAAUGCGCUUUCUUUCGUGUCAUUGUCUUAUGGUCACCAGGGGGAAGUCGAAGUUGAUCAUCUUCCUAAGCACCAUCAUCCUUCUAGUAGCACAUAUGUAUCAGUCUAUCUUUUAAAGUUUCUUUUUAGUAGUCGUUUUUUUCUAGUCCUGCUCGUGGGACUAAUUUCAGCAAGUUGUAAUUACUUAAAUAGUUUGCUACAACGCGGCGUUCCAUGAUCUAAUCCCUGCAAGAUUGCUCUUUCCUCUCCUGGCCAGUGCAGGGUUCUCCUUUUCGGACACUUGUCUAUGCAUCUGAUGCGCCACAUGAGAUGCAGCAUCCGAAUAUCGAAACUUUCGUUCCUUCAGCACAUCUGUGCACCGCAUCCACUGGUCCACGUCAGCGAAUGGCCCUCACUGCCGCAGCCUUUAGGCCGAUCGACAACGCAGUGGCAUUGGAUGGACGGUUAAAUUAAGCAUAUUCGAAGUCACUAUCAUCUCUAGUCAUGAAUGAUCCGAGGGGUAGUUACCCAUUCUUCCAAGGAAGUGGAUCAUCUUAUUUAGGGGGAGAUGUCGUGGUCUCUACUCGGGUCGCUACGGAACCAGGCAGCUUUGAGUGAGCUGCUACGUGGUUCGAAUGAAUGAGUGAUCCGUUGUGGGUUAGUUACCCCUUCUUCCAAGUGGAUCAUCUUAUUUAGGGGGAGAUGUGAUGAUGAUCAAGCGUAAAAAUUCCAAUUCACUCAACCACGACAGGAAAUGAUUGCAACAUAGCUUCCUUAUCCUUUAAGUAAACAACAGUUACGAGCUUUUAGUCGGCGCCACUGACGGAUCUUUGCUGCUGUACGUGUUUGAAGAUUAUCGUGCACCACCGAGAGUAGGAAACUGUCAAGAAACCAUGUCUGGUGGUGGAAGUCUCGCAGGUAGCAACUCAGAUGAGAAGUUUGGUUGGCGUUGCAAGCUGAUUCGACCACCCUGUCAAGAACUUCGGGAAGCAGCGCAGGCAAUGGUUCUAUGAGACUUGAUGAUGUAGCAGCAUCCAGAAUCGCAUAUGAAGACUGCACUAAGACUGGAUCUCCUCGAUUCAUAUGCCAAGAAGGAGAACACCUGUUACCUGUACUUCUAUAUCCCUGACACCUGUUGUACUAUAUAAGAAUCCCUGCUCUAAUCCCAACCGCGGCUCCCGUAGGAUAUGAACGACAAUUUGCGGGUAUGAACGACAAUUUGCUAGAUGACGAUGAGGAUGACAUGUUGGCUGAAUUGGAUCCCAACCAAGAUCUGGAAAUCAAUUUGGGUCGGAAAAUAAACAACAACGCAACUUUUGGCGGUGGUCAAGAAGCGACGGAAAGCAAUAUGGCUGCAGGUGCGUCAGGUCGGUGGCACGGCUCCGUCUUUCAACAGGGCAUUAGCAGUGCAGCUAGUCAGCGAGCAACAGGGGGCUCGUCCAGGAGAGCAGGGGAUCUGCAGAUGUUGGCGGCAACGAGUGGUCGGAAUUUGAUGUUAGGGAUUCUUAUGUGAAGUCAUCUCCACGCAGUCUUUUAUUUCUUAGUUGUUCCCUGUGUUCUUGGAUUCUGAGAAGUAGAUCAAGUAUGUCGAGGACCUUGAAAGAUGAAUUCUCCUGUUGAGCUCUAACGAGGACAAGUAAAUCAAGAAUGAGACAAAGCUAUGCAGAUGGAUCUACUUAUCAGUUAUGGCCGGUUCUUCUCGAAAUCGAUGCAUAAUGUCUCUCAGCAUCUUGGUACAGCCACCCCAUUGAAGAAUACAAGGGUCAACGUAGAGCCGCGUACCAAGAUUAUGGCGAGCGUAAGAUUCAUUGGAUUGGCACAGACUCUAAAUCAGGCAACUUUUGGAGGAGGUGGUGGUGCACAAUCGUCCUCUAGUUCAGGUGGAGGGUCAAUCCCGUACUGCUGUGAUCUCCACUUUGUCGGCAACGAGAGAGGCGAUUGCGUCGUUGCAACGUACACAAAUGGUUUUUCUGAAAUGCUGACAUACCCAGAGUUGCGACAAGCACUCAUCUUGCAGAAUCCUGUAGUUAUGGCUAAUUUGUCAUUAUCAAAUGUGAAUGCUGAGUGGCUCGAGUUCCUCUUGAUUGAUAAAGGACUUGACUAUGCUGGUUGCCAAGUGGAGUGGAAAUAUCUGAGGACGGGGAAACAAAGAGGGCAAGUACUGAAAACUGUGCGAGAUUAACUCUAUUGUAUUGUACUCACUCAACAGGGACAAUCGUGAAAAACUACCUCUAAUAUCCGAUUGCCCGCGAGUAGUUCGACUAGUAGUAAGUGUCGCACCCGUUUCGUGCGACAUCCAGAACGCAGCAGACGACAAUACGAUUCGAACCUGUAUAUUCUGUCGCAAGCGUUGCCAGGUGAGUUAGACCUUUUUGAAGUUUACAGGCUGGGAACGGGCUAUGCAAAAACGACACUGCGGACAUUUGAACCAAGAGGUAGUGGUAAGAUGGGAGCUGCGAUAGUUAAGGCUUGUUGAGGAAUUGGAUAUCGAUUAUCACUAUGUAUCUUUGUUUCUAUCAAUCUUAUAAUGAAUCUACGUCUACUCCAAUGCAUAUUAGAUAUCUCAAAUUUAUCUCGAUUUUUAACAAGGUCAAGGAAGAUCGAGAACAACGGAGGUUCUCAAUGGAUUCCUGCAAGUUCUAAUGUAAGCGUUGACUACGAUCCUGGUGGUGCCUUUGGAGCGACUUCUAUGAGAAGUCUUAGUGCAGUACUACGUGACCAGUCAAGUGGCAAUCCAAGACUACAGAAAUUGAGGAGUACUACCAGUGCAGCCAUGAGCGCUGCUUCGAUUUAUGACUCAUGAUAAGAAUUCAUCUCCACCGCAUUCACAUUCACUCUUCUCAUGAUCUUAGUUUUCUUCUCGGAUUCUGAGACGAUGAUGAACUACGUGUAGGACGAUAUGAAUUACCCCCUAGGCUCUAAUCGCUUACCGACUUCGUUGUCCAUCCUAGCAAAUUGUACGUGGUUUUGACUGCUGUGAUUCCUGGUGAAGAGCAGCCUCAACUGUCUAUUUUCGAUCUAUGGAAUGGCGGAUUGCGACACCAAAUGCCUCUGUUUGCAUCGGUGUUGAUCACGUCGCUAGCGCCGUUGCGACCUUCGGUGGCAUGCGAUCUUAAGACAACUACCCAUAGUCAUAGUGCUCUUCUAUAAACGGAACAGAGUGGGACCCAACAUAAUACCAAUCAACAUGCUCCUCUCAGAAUUGGUUCAUUUGUAUUUACGAGGUGGCGGUCUAUGCUAUUUGAGUAAGACCUAGUAAACAGGGUCGUAGAUUGACAGCUCAGGGCCUUAGCGUCCUUUCCCCCCAGAAUCUAGCUGUGUUCGGAUCGGUGAAUAUUGAGACUUUUAUGAAGGCUGGCCAGGUUUGGCCAUAAAAUACCAAUCAACAUGCUCCUUCUAGCACUAAUGAUCCUAGUGGUACGUUUUUGUUCGCCGCCUCUACGCCCGCUUGGGUCGGAGCCUUCGAGCAAGCAGCCAAAGACCUAAACGAUGCACCCGUUGCGAGUUUAGUCACUGACUCGUGUGUAAUGUCAAACACGGGAGGUCAGAACGGUUAUCAAGUUAAGAAUUUGCAACGGAACAGACUGCAACUAGCGAAGAUCAUACUGCAACUCCCGCAAUUGAAGAAUAAUUUUGAUUUUUCUAUCUACUUACUCGAUACUUUCUUAACCUUGUUUUUCACUAUGGUUGCGCGCGUCUUCUUCUUCCAGUAGUCUCCUCUAACAACGGAAACGCAAGCAGUAAUUCAGGUGGAGCCGGUCGUUUACCACCCACAGCUUCCGUCCUAUGCAUCGUUGAUUUCAGGAAAGCACAAAUCCUGCAUCAAAUUAGCCUAGACAUCUGCGGAAUGACAUUGGGGAGUUACGCGACAAGAAUACACGAUCCGACACAACUAUAUGUGGGCUCGCAUGAUGGCAGUAUAUCGAUUUGGGCACCACCAGAAUCUGUGCGCGGGACUAUCCGGCUAUACCUGAGAGAAGCACAAAGGAUCUAUCUCGAGGAAGGAGGCCUUGGAGCAGUAGAUGGGGAUGAUUAUGGCCAAGUGAGUACUUAUGAUUACUGUAUGAAUGAAUAUGAAUAUGUUGAAUUGAACAAGAACAUAGGGAGUCUCGGUCUGAAGGGUCCCAAACCUCCCCUGCUAAGUAAGUGGAACGUAACUGUUGAUCAUGGAAGAGAAGUCCUUUCGAUGAUCCCCCGAAUAAGUAGGUACCUCUCGUCUUCUCUUCGCUUCUAAUUCACCGAUUUCCCGGAUUCCGGUGGUAGUUUCCUCGAAAACGGUCCAGCCGCAGGAGGUCUAGAGGAUGCGGUAGAAGCGUCUUGGUGGUUCACUCAAAGACACCUUCCUGUCCAAUGGAGUGAAGGUGCUGGGUUGAAUGCCAUCAAAGGUGACGGCGCAGACACCGCACCAAAAGACCUAGAUCGUUUGGGUGUGUUGUCUCAGUCACAACAACUGAGGCAACAUCAACAGGAUAAAAGUUUCUUUGGUGGAGGCUCUAGCUAAGGCUUUUUGCCGUAAUUCAUCUUGUUCUUGAGAAGCAUCUUUGUCUCUUUGAGGUGUUUCGAAGGGUGUUGACAACCGUCAAAGACGUCAAAGAAAAACGUCAAAGAUGCUUUCUUCCUGAUGAAUAUCGGUAAGGUCUAAUCUAGCUCUUUCCUGCGAGCAGAGCAGACGCCUGGUGGCGGAGGUCGCGGCAUCCUUGGCGGUUCCAGCUUUGACGACGACGAAGAUGUAGUAGUGCAAGCAAGAGAAGGUAGACUUGGCAUGUCACCUCGCAUAAAUCCUCCGUCUUUUGAUCGUGGAGGUUGUUUUGACGCUGUAGGAGGUGUUGGGAACAAUGAUUUUGCAAAUAGUGCUAGUGCAGGAGGUACUCGUAGAAGGAACAGCGGAGGUGAAAUCAAUUACAAUCAAAAUCAAGUAUCUAGACCUGCGCCAGUCUCGCUUGUUCCUGUGGCGACAGAUCGUUUCUCUGCGGCGCAAUAUAACGCACCAGUUCAUCAAUUGGACGUUCAACGUGCAGAAUCGAUUACGAGACAUUAUGAAAAACAACCAGCAUCAGCUUGCAUCGGGAAUAGUGGGCCUCCUGAGCUUGAGUUGGAAUGGAAUAGUUUUGGCGCAGAAAAUCGCGAUGAAUUUGAUGUCGUCGAGGAAAUGUUUGACGAUUUCGCGGCUUUUGAUGCCAAACAAGGAGCGGAAGGAGCGGACGCAGAUUCGGAUGAUGAAUACUAGCGGUACAACGGGCAUACCACCAUAGGAUGACGAUAAACAAUAAUUUAGUCUGCUUGGAUGAUGAUACUAGCGGUUUUUAGUCUACUGUGUUUUUAGUCGCUAUACUAAUUUUCAGACCUGGCAACAGUGUUGAAGGUUUGGUUGACAUUGAGGCUUGUGCCUAAUCUGUACAGAACCAAAGAAUAGACAGAGCAAGAACAAUCACAAUGUAACGCCUAGACGCCUAGUAUCUAUCGGAAACAAAAUAUUUAGAAGAUCAGUACGACCUACAGAAACAGAUAUUUAUCGACGUUCAGUUCCAGUACAAAUCAAAAUACUAUAUAUAUCGCAGUCAUGAAGACCGAGGACGUAGACCGUCGCUGGUAUACUUAGGAAGAAAUAAGUUUUGAUACCUAAUCGCAGAAUCCAACUAACAGAGAAAAAAUUCUUGUCAAUGUAAAGCCAUGCUCUUCAUAGUCUUAUCGCUAUCCAGAACGCCCUAUUUGAACUGUUUUUCUUUUGAGUCUUUUUGUCCAUGAUCCUUUGAAAAGAAAACUUGACACCGAGAUUCAUUCUUCAAUAUUGAAUCGUUCUUUUUUUACACUGAUAGCAAGGAAGCUGCGCAACUGCAAGAUUGCUAGAGCAAAGUCAAGCAAAAGUCUGUAUCAUACCGUUACUUUUGUCACUCCAAGUACACUUACUCCAACUCCACGUACAGUUACUCCAAGUACCGAAUGUGAUCGCCAUUCACAUCUCUUACGACGCAGCAAUCAAUGCGGAUGCAAAGGACGUUUACGGAGGAGCAUACGCUAGUUGUUGAGGUUUUGUUCUUCAGGUCGUAUUGAUCAACAACAUGUUUUAGUUUGCUCUUGAAUGAUCCUCAACAUCGACUUCAUGGUCAUCAACAUCGUGAUCCUCAAGAUCGUUCUGCUAAAUCUAGGUCGUUCCUUUUUCCUGUUCUUGUAAGAGCUAACCACGGAUCUUCUGUGGAUUUAGGAAUGUAUCGUUAAAUCGGUUACGGUCAUCUCCAGCUGCAAAGUAGAUCUAGAUUCGGAUUUUCUGAUCAACAAGUUGAUCUCUGAACCUGAUCAAGGCGAUCCCAGAAGUCAAGAUCAAGAUCACCGUCAUGAAGCUCAAGCGUUAUAGUGCUCUUGCAGUCGUCCACGUGAGUCGGACUCUUAAUCUUCUACUACAUUCUCAGGUCAUCUGCUCUCAUAUUUUUUUUUUCCUCUGCGAAGAGGUUCUUCAGACUGUAGCCACAAGAUCUUAAGAUUAUGAAUCAGUGACGGAUCACCAUCAACAAGCUUCUUCUGAUCCUGAUCAACAAGCAGACUAAAAACACAGCAGGUGAUUUGUUUUUGCACGAGGAGAAUGCUUUUGCUUACUAGAAGGGAAUAAUUUAUGAAGACGAAGAACCAUCCUGAAGAAGAUUAUUGUCAUCAACUACUUACAAGAUGGAUCACUUCUUGAUAAUCUUUCCUUUUUGAUCUGCAUAAAAAGAUGGCGGGUAAAAACAACAAAAAUAAGACGCCUGGUAUGGCCGGGAAGCGACGUGUCAAAAAGAAUGGCGCAUCUUCUCAACAAGAUCACGACGACAACAUCAGCAAUACAACGAAUACCACGUCGACGGAGCAACAUCUGACUAACGGCAGAGCAGGCGCUACUCGUUUCAAGUCCUUUCACGAACGGGUAAGAGACGCUGAUGUUCGGGCAACGCGAGAUAUCACGAAUAUUUUUGAAGGCGCAAGCACAAAAACUAGUGGCAAAGGAUCAUUAGCGAGUGGAAAUGGGUCUAGUGCCCUGACCUCAACGUGGGGAGCAGCUAGCUUCACCUCGGUGUUGCACGAAGAUCAAGGACAACAAGAUCUUCAUGUUGAUAGCAUCGAAGAUGUUGAUUGCACCAUCCUCGAUAAUGAAGACGUCAACAUCGAGCAUGGAGGUUCCAAUCUUCAAGCAGACGAAGCCGAGAUCACUCUAGAAGAGCAGCAAGAACGUAUUCUGGCUGCGGACACGAACUUUGCAGAGACUUUGCAGAGAUACGCUUUCUCCUGCAAAGGCGCGAGAUGGCAAAGAUGUGUGAGGCGAAUCAGAGACCUCUUGAAUGGUGUCUCUGAACAACAGAAUCAGGCUGACUCCACAUCCAGACCAACACCAACGACGACAAACAUGCAGUCAGGAUCCCUACCGCAAUUGCUGUUGUACGUACCGGAAAUCGUUGCGAUCCUAGUGCCGAAAUCGGUUGGGGAUGCAAGUGCAACUGGUGAAGAUCCUGCCUCUACUAGCUGCCCAACUACCUCCUCCACAAGUUCUUGUUCAGAGGAAAGAAAGGCGGACGCCGAGGAUGCUGAAGCUGUUUGUCGUUUGCUCGUCGCCUUAGCACAAGACCUGAGGAAAGACUUUCUCCCUUUUCUAGUACCCUCAGUAGCACAGAUGAUGCAAUGGGCUGCGGACCUGGCGGAUCGGCCACCAAGAGACGCUCAACUUGCAGCCUCUGCAGUGCAAGAAAUCUUCCGCGCAGUCAGCUAUUUCUUCAAGUAUUUGGGGAAGCAUUUGCUUUGUUCAACGAAGCCAAGUUCAUUAAGUGGUGCGUCAUCGAAAAAGAAGAAGGGUACUAAAAAGCAGAAAGGAGCAAGCCAGAAGAUGCAUGCUGAAAGCAGUGGUAUCGAUAGUUCUAGUGCCUCCGAUUCAUCAUUAUUGGAGCAGCUCCUUUUAGCCUGCAGACCAGGGAUUCGAAGGGCAUUGCUGCGACAACCUCUUGGCGAAACCUUGGCGUUUUUGGUAACCAAAGGACAUCAGGCAGACGACGCGUCUACUGAGGACUCUACCCCUGAGAACCCUUUCGUUCGUCAAUUGCUGAAUGCACUUGAAUUACCAGUAGCAGAACCUCAGUUCUUGUCAGAUGGGCAGUGUUCCCAGUCGACCACUGUGUUGAAGUCCAACUUUCUUCGCGAUAAGUUUUUGCUCUCUACUACCUCUAGCACUGCUCUAUCUUGUUCAACUUCUUCUUCCACGACGACAACCAUUACAAAGCCUGUUGAGGAUAAGGAUAAAAACUACAAGGACGAGGAGUCCACAACCUCGCUCGUCCUCCCCUCAAGUAGUACAACAAAAUCUUCGUCUUCUAGUAGUUCUCCGUCGACCACAGCCUCUACGAAACGUGUCACAGAACUGGUGGAUCUGGUAUCUAUUGCUCUUUUCGAGAGCGCUCGCGCCGUGGAAGGUCGUUUUCGCUUGACUGCAGUAGCAUUGAUCAGGCAAGUGAUCAAUAUGUUGUUGCAGAGCAAUUCAGUUUCAGGUGUAGCAGAUUGUGCUGGAAACAAGAAGCGUUGUACUUCUAACAAUGGUUCCUCAUCUUUAACCUUCUACGCUAGUUCCACGUCCUCGUCUUUAACCUUCUACGCUUCCAAGCUGUUGAUGCGUCGCCUUUUUGACUAUGCAGAAGAGGAAUUCUUUGGGGACUGCGAGAUCACAGAGGAAUUUUUGGAGAGUCUAGAGGACUUUAGCAGUGAA